AUGAGUACAGAUGGACGAAAAGAACCUCCUCCCUACCUCAUACCUGUAGAAGAUCAAGGGGCUGGAGUGAGGGUUUACCAUGUCCACACUCCCUUCACCCCUCCCUCUGAACAAGAGUCUUCCACAGUGUACACCAGCGGAGGAGGAGGCAUGGGUUCAGGCCUCGAGUCUGCAGAUGGAAAAAGGAAGUUUGUGAGCUAUGAUACGGCGCUGGGGCAUGCUCCCGGUAUGACAACCUGCACCUCCUGCCAGCAGCAGGUCAUGACCAAUGUUACCUACAAAGCUGGGACCUAUGCCUGGCUGAUGUGCUUACUCUUCAUCUGCUGCGGGUUAAUCCUGUGCUGCUGCCUGAUUCCAUUCUUCCUGAAAAACUUCAAGGAUACGUACCACACGUGUCCCCGCUGCAACAGAGUCCUGCACGUUGAGAAGAGGCAAUGCUGUAAAUGA